CUUGUACUACUUUAUAAGGUAGUUUGUGGCUCAUUGUAGGACGCUCUUUCACUAAGACACGCAUUGAAGAGUUUUAGGAUAAUUAAUAGACAAAUAUUGUCUUUGUGCAUUUUGCUGGAGGUCUUUAGUGGAUUGUCCAAAAAAUUGUAUUUUAUUCUGAAAAGUGCCCGGAACCACACUCAUCUUUCUGCGCACGGCUGACCACAGUGUGUGAGUGUGUGUCGGCCGUCAGCAGGAUAAAGCGUUGGAGCUGUCGGUGCACACACACACACACAGACCAGAGCAGCUAUCAGCAUCCUAGAGACUGACCCGGGAUCCGUGCGGGGGCUGCUCCGAGGGGUCCAUGGCCUGAUCUGUACGCGGCGGCCGAGCAGCUGCAGCCGAAAGCCUCUCGAGAUGCACCGAGCUCUCUUCUGCAGCCGCACAAUAACACCGACGCCGGCCCGGGGACACAGCUAUGCUUUUCAGACGGAGAGCCAGGAUGUUGCGGUGGCUGGUUUGUGGUCGGGUGGGUCCAGUCUGGAUGUGGAAAGCGCUGCUGCUCUUCGUUGCCAUUGGCUUCGCUGGCCAGCUGUUGGGGGUCAUCUUCAACAAGAGCAGUGUCCAGACAGCUGGUCGCUCCAUCUUCACGUCCCCUGAUGCCCAGGGGCCCUCUCUGGGCUCCUGUCAGCAGCACACACACAUCAUGUUCCUCAAGACCCACAAGACGGCCAGCAGCACCGUGCUCAACAUGCUGUACCGCUUCGGGGAGGAGCGCGACCUCCGCUUCGCCCUGCCACUGGGCUACCAGCUUGGCUACCCACUCCCCUUCAAUGCCCACAGGGUCAAAGGUUACCGAGGUCCCAGAGCCGUGGAGUUUCACAUCAUGGGCAAUCACAUGAGAUUUAACAAGCCUGAGGCGGAGAAGGUGAUGCCUGCAGACACGUUCUAUUUCUCCAUCAUCAGGAACCCGGUCGCUCUGGCUGAGUCCUCCUUUGCCUAUUAUAAAGAGGUAGCACCUGCCUUUCGGAAGGCCAAAACCUUGGGCGACUUUGCUGACUACCCUAACAAAUACUACGACCCUCGUCUCCGCAACAACCACUAUGCCCGCAACCUGUUGCUGUUUGACUUUGGCAUGGACCACAAUGCCAAUUUCUCUUUGGCACUGGCUCAGCAUGCUGAGCAAAUGAUCCGCCAGACCUUCAAGCUGAUUCUAGUGUCUGAGUACUUUGACCAGUCCAUGAUCCUGCUGAGACACGCCCUCUGCUGGCCGCUGGAUGCCGUCGUCUCAUUCAGCCUCAAUGCCCGGCAGCAGAAGCCCAGCGGCAUCGGGGGGAUGAGCGGGAGCUGGGUGGGCAAAGUGGCGACGGCGACCGGCGUCGGUGGAAAAGGCGGGCGCUUACAAGCCAAAACAGUGACCAAUAUAACGGAGGAGCAGCGGGAGAAGCUGCGGCAGUGGAACGCCCUAGACUGGCACUUAUACAAAUCCUUCAACCGGACCUUCUGGGAAGAAAUCAACCAGUUCGGUCACGCCCAGAUGGAGGAGGAAGUAGCUCUUCUCAAGAUGCGGCGGGAAGAUCUGGCCCGGGUUUGUCUCAGGGACGGCGGGAAGCCUGUGGAGGCUCAUCGGAUCCGAGACAAAAACAUCCGCCCGUACCAGAGUGGGUUGGUGAAGAUUCUCGGCUACGAGCUCCAGCCGGGUCUGGACAACGCCACCAGGGUGGCCUGCCUGAGGAUGAUCCGGCCCGAGAUCCAGUACAAAGACGUGCUGGAUGCGAAGCAGUUCCCGCGGGCUCUGGCCGCCCAAGUCCAGCCUGUGCAACAGAACCAGGGUCUGAUAGUCGCAGCUGGCGGCUCUUUUUUAAGACAUGACUCGUCCAGGACAGGAGAGAGGGUGGUGGGGGGGGAGGCUGGGGUGAGGACUGUGGAGGAGGGGGAGAGAGACUGGGACGGAAGCCGAUUAAUGAGGAGGAACCGGACUUUGAUAGGGGGGAACGAUAAAGGACGAUUGAGAUGAGGUUUGAGGUGAAUCUGGUUCCUGAAUACGGUACCUUUGGUCUCUAAACAGACGGACUAAUGAAACUGAAAACUGAGCCAGGUGCGGUUUACACAUGAGAAAACAAAAAAAGCUCCUCCUUUGCACUUCCACUUCUUGAGUUGUUUGCUUGUUUUCUUAAAAAAUGGUCAUUGCUUUCAGUUGGUGUAAUUGUCGUGGACUACUUGACCCUUGGGAUGAAAGGACCACUUUUAUAUAAGGAAAAGCGCUUUUUAGUGCUGUCGGUACCUUCUGCUUCGUUUAUUUAUCGACACAUGGAAGCCUGUUUUAUUCCCUCUUCAUGUUAAUACUUUUGAGAGUGAAGAUUUCCACGUUGUCCUCAGCGCACAUGCUUGAAACUUCUCGAAGUAAAGGUAGAUGUAGCCCCAGUUUUUGCCUCUCAUGCAGAACCAUUACAUUGAGCGAAGCAACUGUCCCGGUAAAAUGUAAAUACCUGGCAAUCUUUAAAAAACACAGCAUUUCCACAGUCCAUUCAAAAGUUGUGACUAUAUUUAUGAAUCAAAGCAAGAAUGGCAGCUGGAGAUGUCAAUGUCAGCUCAAUGUCCAACCAUUUAAAAUAUUUAUUGCAAGUCAUGCUUGUCUAUAUUGAUUUUUCCUUUCAAUUAUUUUAUAUUUCCAUGCAAAAUAAUGUAUAUAAUGUACAACACAAGCAAGGACAUUUGUUAUUUCCCUCCACCUGAAUAAGGAAACAGUUGCAACUUGGACUAUGGAUAGAAAAACAUACUAAAUGCCGUUAAACCACCUUCUGGGUUUUUCCAAAGAUUGCAUGCUUUGCUCUGUUACUCUGGGAUAACGUGAGAGGCACACACUGGGGUCAGAUUAUGGUACAACACCAAUAUCCCAUUGCUGAUGUGGUUCGUAAAGUCACUAUAGGCUGGUACUCGCUCAUGGAAAAAAAGAAUUAGGAUAAGCGUUGUAUUUCUCUGUCGCAAACUUAGUUCAGCUUCAAAGUCGACACUGAGCCCCGUCUAGAGCACUGACCCGAACCGCUCCUUAAAUAUCUCUUAAUAAUACAAGAGGUGGAAAACAAUCCGAGGCCUGUGCGUCUGUUCAGAGUUGCCUGAUACUCGCCGGCCUGCUGAGUCUGUUUCAUAUGAACAGUUCGGGUACAUUCCUUCCUUCCACUAUCUGCUGAAGUAGCCGUCCGACACAUGCGACACAGGCGUUUUCAUGGAGACCCAUUUCAAAAAGAAAUUCAUAUCGUUGUUAGCCAAAAUAAAUGUCAAAGCUGCUGCUUGUUGAAGGUGAACUCCCUCAUUCUUUAUAACGACCUCAGCUCUACAGAAUGCCUCCCAGAUUAACUCUGAGCAGCGAGUCAGCAGGUAUUCUGGGACGUAUGGUCAGACAGGCCACAAAGACACACUACAGCUCCAACACAAAGAUAUAAUAUUCCAAGAGGACAUCAGUGUUGUUCAGGAGUCUGCCUAGCUACUAACAAUAAACAACUUAACAAUGAAAGCAAAUAAUAAGCAAUGCAUCUAGAAACAAGACCAAAAAAAUAGGCAAUACUUCCUUAAAAAGUAUGUCAAAAAUACAACUCGCAUCUUAGAAAUACAACUCUAUAUUAAGGCCAUUUUAGAUAUAAGGGAAGUAUGGAGCCGGGAGAGGGGGGGUGAUAGUCUGAGGAAACAAAACGCUGAGAUUAAGAAAAGUAAAUAAAGAAGAAACAUAUUUUGAGAUUCUCUGAGAUUAAAGUGGUAAAUUUCCUCCAAAGAACUCAAAUUUACCAGAAUAUUCUCUGAAGUAAUAAAGUCAUAAAUUUACGAGAAACAGUCCAGCGGCACGGAAUUCCUUUGCAUGGACAUAGAAAUGUACGUCUGACUGUUUUUUUCCGGAUGUUUUGCUGAACGUGGGUGCUGUAGUUCAUUCUGACACAACUGCAUUUUGGAUCUGAGAGCACGCAUCACUGCAAGGAGUGGGAGUCCAUGUUUACACUGCAGAGGGGGAUUAAGCAGAUUUUACGAGGACAUGAGGAAGUGUCGUGUGCAGCAAUAUACUAACAGGGGAAAUCUGUUCCAAAUGAAGGCCUGGUUCUGGACAACUAGAGAAAUUUCUGUUCUUUUACUGUUGAAAUGUCAUUCUUUUAUUUGACAUUUCAAAGUUGCAUGUAGUGUUUAAAAAGUGAGGGGGGAAAAGGGAAGAUUUUUUGAAAAAUGUAUGAAAGCAUUUGAGUAUGUUGUGGGGAGAAGUGGCGGCGGUUAGAACUGGCACGUCUCAGUUCAACUCAAGCCGGCGGCAAUUGUCUUUUUCCUACUAUGGCCAUGGCAUGACCCGCCCUACUCAGCCUCUGAUUGGCUGACCAUGAUAUUCUUACCCCAACUCUAACCAAUCUCACCGCUCAUGCUGCUUAAACCUAAACAACCCAAACCAACUAAGGCCAUCAGCACUAGCCCGUAAUCGUAAUUCGGCCGGCCGACGGUGCAGCUGCGACACAGCUCGUCAAGUCUUCAGUGGCAGCUCAUCUGUUUCAACAGCCAAUCAGUUCGUAGCAAAGUCAGCUGGUCAAGUCAGUUACAAACUGUUAGCUGGCUGAAAUGGAAAUAAAGGUUUUGGACGGAGGAAAGAAGGGAUCACCUUGUCAGUUUGAGGAGCAGGCGUGUCCGUUCCAUCCGUCUUCGUCCACCAUAUCCUUUCUCUUUGCCAACCGUGGGACUCCUGCCGUCAACACCUUUCACAGGCUUAUUUAUAACUGAUAACUUUAUCUAAGCCAGGUGUCUAGAUGUCCUACUUUUCCUCUGAAAGCUAAUUGAACAAAAGGCCUUUGAGAGCUACUCAUAGACCAAGUUGUACAUCGCCAAUAGCAGACAUGUCUUACUUUUAUGGUCCUUUGAUAACUUUUCAGUCACGGACUCUAUUACAACCCGGCUGUAGACAAAGGGGUUUCUGUGUUUCGUUAGGAUGUGCGCCACUAAACAAAGCCUCUGUUGCCCAUUCCUCAUGAAAAUAGUUUAUUUUUUGCCUUUUAUUGGCCUGGCUAUUUUCUGAGGUCAUUGCCAUAUCUGGUGUGCGCUUGCUGGUCUGCUGACAAUGCCAAAUGUUACGGCGACGCUGGUGUAACCAAACUUGAAAAGCUUGUGAACCCAACGGUACAGCCAGAAUUUCGUGGCCUGGGCUCCUUUGGCGCACUUGUUUUUCAUGUGGGCACAUGGGUGGGAUCAGAAUGUAAAACAGGCUGGUUUCACAACGUCAAAAGUGGUUGCAAGUUCCAGCCCGGCAUCUUCGGUCUGAACCGGGCCUGAAAAACCUUCAAGGAGGCCCUGAAGAGAUUCCACGGUUCCUUAAAGCAAAGUGGAUUACACGUUAGCAUAUACGAUCAAGUAAAGCUGCUGUUUCCGUGCGAGCGCUUUCUGAAGGUAAUCAAUACCAAACACAAAUGAAAACAUCUUCAGUGUGUGGUGGCAGCCGUUCUCCGGUACCCUGCAGUCGUUAAACUGGCUGUCAGGCGGUGCAGGAAACCCAAAGCGAGCACCUCUCUAGCUGCUGUGGGACUGGAUGGCAGACUGUGGUCUGUGUAGGAGCAGUCAGAGCACUUCAAAGCGGUCUGCUGCGGUUUUACACUUUCUGCUGUCAACACAGUCUUUCCUGUGACAAUGACAGUCGUACCAUUUCAAAAUUAUAUUAAUAUUCUGCAAGUACAGAGGUCCAGCCAGGAGGCCUGUGGCUGUGUGCCAGAUCACAAUAUUCAGUAUUGUUUCUUCAUAUUUUGCCACUCUUUAUAGUGAGUUAUUGCGUUGGAAGAGACGUAACAGUUUAGGGGAGCUGCAGCAGAUAAAGUGAUUCAAUUAGAGUGCUGAUAUUUGAAGAUAAUAGUCACGCUCUGACCAAUCAGAAGUGAGCAUUCUCCGGGCCGUCAUACAUAGAUUUUGUUCAGGUACAGUCAGCUUGCAGUUUGUUGGCGCUCCAGUUGGACAUUUGAGUGAUUGAUGCUAAUCGUCCCAAACAGAGAGUGUUCCACAGAACGGCAGAGCGUGUGAAUGGUGUCACCUUACAGCAGAGGGGGGAAUUGGGUGCACUGCAUUGUGUUGUCAUGGCUGCCUCCUCAGUUUCCUCCCGUGAAUAGGAGGUUUGUUGCUCAGCUUCCUUUGGACACUGAGGAAAUAAAGAGCUCGCUAGGAUUUCAAAUGAUAAGGGACGUACCUGUGUUUUGUCUGUGUUCUCUCCGUCCAGGCUAACAUUGGUUUUCAUUUAUUCCACUACAAUCGGAAGCUCAACUUGCAGACAGUUUGCUUCAGUUAUGUAAUCCAUCAUUACAGUGGCCUUUCUAUGGAAUAUGGAGCCUCACACUGUGCAUCAUAGUGCUGCACGGCUGCCUCCUGCAACACCGUUUCUAUCGCUAAUAAGAUGUGAUGUGGGACAAAUGACUCGGACCCAGUGAGGUCUCUUCUAUUAAAGUCAAUACAAACUGCAGCAAAUCAAAGAUGUCGCUGGUGUUUCUUCCUCUCUCAAGUACUAAAGUGCUGAUCAGCAGUGUUCAGUGCUGGCACUGGUGAGAGGAAGCUGUAUUACACCAUUACUAUUGAAUUUAAUGGAGGGAACCUCGCAUUUGUAAUAUUUUUCCCCAACUCAUAAGUUGAUGUGAAUAUUAGCUACCGUCUGAUGAGUUUGUAGUUGAAACAUUCUUCCCAUUUUCACGUUUUAUUUUUAAGAGUUGCUUAUUGACGCCUAUACUGAAAUUAAUUUAAGAGUUAAAAAACAAUUACUUAAAGGGACAGUUCACCCCAAAAAUUCACCUGUAGUGCUAUUUAUCAGUCUAGAUAGUUUUGGUGUGAAAUGCAAAGUGUUGGAGAUAUUGGCCGUGGGGAUGUCUGCCGUCUUUCCAAUAUAACGGAACUAGAUGGCACUCAACCAAAAGAGAGAAAAAAAUUAAUUUGAAAAAGUCAACGCAAACAUUACGACCCGGUUACUCAAGAUAACCCACAGUCUCACUUAUGAACGAUUUAUUUUCUGCCGAACUACACCCGGCCACCGCAUCUCCACGACAGAACAAAGCGAUGCAUCUACACUCGAUACUGCUAGCUUACCUAGCAUCGCUAGGCCGAGGAGGACUGUGCCUGUAAACAUAACAUGAACAUUAGAUACUUGUGACUAUUGCUCUUAACUGAGGGAGGGAUAUUUCUUUUCACCGUCUAGUAGGGGCCGCCACUGUUGAAUGAACGCCGAUGCACAGAACAGAAACACGACAUGCUUUGUUUCACACCUUAGGAUGCAGUCGUAUAACGGAGCAGGGCUUUAAAACGGCUUUAAAACCUCCUUCUGUAUUUCAUACUAAUUGCCAUUUUGUACAUACUGUAUUUAUGAGGGUUAAGAGGUGAAGUGAUGACAAGGGGAAGGUGUUUCCUGUCACGGUGUGAUGGAAUCUGUUACUGAUGUUUAUGCACACACUCCCCCAUAUGCCACUCACUAAUUAUGUUUGGCUCAUAAUUCCGUGUUAUCAUUUAUUGAUUUCACCUGAUGAUUAGCUAAUGUUUUACACAAUGUAAUUGUCCACAUUCAGAAUUUCAGCAGAGUGUAGAGAGAAAUUAAAAUUCCUCACACUAAACGUUAAUUUGAUUAUUUCAGAUGUGAUUUAUUUUUUCUCAAAACCACAUUAUCUAGUCCGUAUUGUGUGUAUCCUCUCAUGAAUAUAAUAUCGUUUAACUCUAUAUUUGAGGGAUAAUGAUCUUGAAAUGAUUUUCUCUUAAUUGUUAUUAUGAAUUGAGAUGUUCUGAGAGUACAGUGUGUUUCCUGCUCACACUGUGCACACACAUCACUGCAUACACACCCAGUUACACAAACAAUCUCUCUCCUGACAGGCUGCAGAAAGUCAAAUGAAAACUGCUUGAUGUUCAUGCCUGUCUGGUCCACAAACAGUUAAGCUCUGUUUUUAUUCUUCCAGGAGAAAUGGGAUUCUGUUUUUUUACUGACAUGGUACUGUGACUUAUUUUCUUGCUGUUAGUAUUAAAGUUGUCACAUGUGAACACGUUGUAUGUUACAUUGAGUGUCGGAGUAAAAGGUACGUCUCGUGUCAGUCUCAGACUGAGGUCUGUGGCACAGUGGGAUCCGUCUUCACUUCAUCUGAGCAGCUUCCACCUCUGUGCCGUGAUUCCCACAACACUGGGUUGGGUCAUCGCUGAGAGGAAACACUUCACUGAUCUGAUAUUCUCUCAAACUGUUACAGAUUUAACUCAACUGGACGGGGCAGCGGUUCAUUCAGAAAGCAAAGGUGUACUUCGGUUUGGAUCUUACUUGAAAAUGUUUUAUUUUUUUGGUUUUUAUUUGGGGGUGAAACUUGUGCUAGAUCACGCUCUUUUUUCUUUCUCUUGUACUGAAUAAAAGCAAAAUUUAUUUG